GCAACUAUGGGGAGAGUGGGGGUAGAACCAACCGGGUACCUUGUGGUUACGGGAAGACAAUUCUCCCCAUGAGCUACAGCCGACCCCCAAAACAUGAUGAAAUGUGAUGAGUUAACAUGUCAAUAUGUCCUACCCCCUUAAUAAGCGGUCCAUGUGACGCCUGAAGAGUUUUAAUCCCGACACGUUUAACUUUCAACAGCAAAUUUACGUUGAAAUUGAUUUUUGCAGAAUAAUCCAAUAAUUUUGGGGGAUAAAAUGCAGAGAAGAUUUAUAAAUACAAUCUUCUUUUUGCAGACGGUGGCAGAGCACCAUGUCUUCCAUCAUUCAGCCCUCUAACAUAAUUACUCAAUGUGCCAUGCAAUGAUUUUAUUGGGUCUUCAGCUGUCGUGUAGGAUCCAGGGAAAGGCAGUUCUACACAUUCAAAAAUAUUUAUGCUUUUUCUCUGAAGUCACUGCGUUGUUGCUGAAAUAGACCAGGUCACCACCUCUGACCUUUUGAGAUUGGGACCUAUUUUUUAAGGAGGCCCAGGACGUCUGCUAGUGGCUUAAUAUAGUCGGGCUUAAAUGCGAGCCAAGAUGGUGUUAACGACUCUGCUACUCAAAUGUGUGUGACCCAGUUUCAGCUUCAUACAGUACCAUGGAGUGUGUGUGUGGGGGAGGAUAGCACCCUCAGGUGUUUAUUCCAAAGCAGGACAGGGAGGCAGUCCCGUUAUAAAAACGGCUCUAUGGGCUACAGCGUGCUUGGAAGCCACUGUGAAAUGGGAUGUGUUCAGAUAAAGUGGGAACAGAAGUUUGUACUUAUGACCUCUGAGACUAACUAAGUACAUAUACUUACGUGCUCUCUACUUCAUUACAUUUUUUAGACCUGUACUAUACUUGAGUCAUGCUACUUAUUGUAUUUUGUACUCCACUAAAUAGAUGUAAAAGCUUUAGUUACCGGUUAGACCUACUUUGCAGAUUCAUAUUAUUAAAACUAAAUACAAUCAACUAAUAGAUUAUGACAAAGUAGUUCAAAUAGCUCCACAUUUAUCAGCUAAAUUGAAACAAUAUCUGCUUCUAACCUGAGCCAUUUCUGCCAAUAGGGUACUCUUACUUUUGAAAGUUGCAAAGUAUAUUUUGAUGUUAAUAUACUUUUGUGAGUAAGGGACAUUUUGAAUGCAGGCUUGAGUAAAAGAUCUGAGCGCUGGAUGUUAAAGAAACAUCGACAGAGCAUGCUGGGAUAUUGAGUUCUCUAUGUUCACUGACUCUCAUUCAGCUAUGAACGCGAAAUAAGUCAUUUCUUUGCAUUUUCAAUAACCUAAAAUAACAAAAGCUGUUCUUUCUGCGACGACAGGAGAACAACAUUAAGGGGGCGGGUCGACCGGAAGUGGCGUCAGUCGUGAGUUUCGGAAACAAAGCACGUGUCUGAGGGAGCUGCAGGAAGAACAUGAGCGCUCAGCUCUGGCUGCUCGAGAGGCCUCAGUACUAACAGACCAGCGUCCGCACCGAGAUUUCAUGACCGUGACCGUUAACCGGAAACACAGGACUCUCCCCGGCUGCUCGCACCGUUAAGUGACCGAGAAGAAGUGCGACACACGCGCGGGGGCGAAAGGAAGAAAGUUGUCGGUCUCUGGUCCCGGGCCCGUGUGUGUGUGUGUGUGUGUGUGUGUGUGUGUGUGUGUGUCUUGUUUACGGGGCCUCUCGUCGCCUGUGCCGUUUGUCACGUUAUUUUAGUUAAUUAGUUUUCACACUGAAAGGACCAGCGAGGGCUCAUCGGGACAUCAUGGCGGACUUCCUGAUCAGCGGUCAAACCGGUUACAUCCCAGACGACGGGCUGUCGGGACUGCAGCUGUUCAACGGAGGAGACGGGCUCACAUACAAUGACUUUCUGAUUCUGCCAGGCUACAUCGACUUCACAUCAGAACAAGUGGACUUGACCUCAGCGCUCACCAAGCAAAUCACCAUGAAAACGCCCCUUGUCUCCUCUCCCAUGGACACCAUCACAGAGGCCAACUUGGCCAUCGCUAUGGCACUCACGGGGGGCAUCGGCUUCAUCCACCACAACUGCACGCCAGAGUUCCAGGCCAAUGAAGUUCGCAAAGUCAAGCGCUAUGAGCAGGGCUUCAUCACAGACCCGGUGGUGAUGAGCCCCGGCGAGCGCGUUCGAGACGUCUUCCAGGCCAAAGCGCGCAAUGGCUUCUGUGGAAUCCCCAUCACGGACAACGGAAAAAUGGGCGGCAAGCUGGUGGGCAUCAUCUCGUCUCGAGACAUCGACUUCCUGAAGGAGGAGGAGCACAACCUGCCACUGAGUGAGGUGAUGACGAAACUAGAGGAUCUCGUGGUUGCCCCUGCUGGAGUGACACUAAAAGAAGCCAAUGAAAUCCUCCAGCGGAGUAAGAAAGGUAAGCUGCCCAUAGUGAACGAGGAGGGGUCCCUGGUGUCCAUCAUUGCCCGCACAGACUUGAAGAAGAACAGAGACUUCCCUCUGGCCUCCAAAGACUCGCGCAAACAGCUGCUGUGUGGCGCCGCCAUCGGCACCCACAACGACGACAAGUAUCGACUGGACCUGCUUGUGCAGAGUGGGGUGGAUGUGGUUGUACUGGACUCUUCUCAAGGCAACUCAAUCUUCCAGAUCAACAUGAUCAAAUAUAUCAAAGAAAAGUAUGAAAAUCUACAGGUCAUUGGAGGCAAUGUGGUGACUGCAGCUCAGGCCAAGAACCUGAUAGACGCAGGAGCUGAUGGGCUGAGAGUGGGGAUGGGCAGCGGCUCCAUCUGCAUAACGCAGGAAGUGCUGGCGUGCGGCAGACCCCAGGCCACAGCUGUCUACAAGGUAUCGGAGUACGCCAGGCGGUUUGGUGUGCCGGUCAUCGCUGACGGCGGCAUCCAGACGGUUGGGCACAUUGCCAAAGCCUUGGCACUGGGAGCAUCCACAGUGAUGAUGGGCUCUUUGCUGGCUGCCACCAGUGAAGCUCCCGGGGAAUACUUCUUCUCCGACGGCAUCAGGCUAAAGAAAUACCGCGGCAUGGGCUCCCUGGAUGCCAUGGAUAAGAACCUGGGCUCCCAGACCAGAUACUUCAGUGAGUGUGACAAGAUCAAAGUGGCUCAGGGCGUGUCUGGAGCGGUGCAGGACAAAGGCUCCAUCCACAAGUUUGUUCCCUACCUGCUGGCUGGGAUCCAGCACUCCUGUCAGGACAUCGGAACCAAGAGCCUCACACAGCUCAGAGCCAUGAUGUACACCGGAGAUCUAAAGUUUGAAAAGAGAACAACUUCGGCUCAAAUGGAGGGUGGAGUCCACAGCCUGCACAGUUAUGAGAAACGUCUGUUUUGAGAAGACGCCAAACCGAGAAUCCUUCCAACAGACACAUUAUGCAAACACACCUUUCAUUCAUAUCCACACACACCACUAACUCUUCAUACAAGUUGGUUUCUAAAGAUGAGCCCUCUACUUCCAAGGAUCCAUCAAGUCUUCCUGCCAGUGUCAUCUAUGCAUCGUGUGUGUGUGUGUGUGUGUGUGAAGAAUGGGAAUUAAGCAUUUAUCAAUCAGUGCACGUGUGAUCCCUCAAUGCCUUUCAAGUUGUCAUUAAAAUAAAUGUCUGGAGUAUCCAUGUUGAGGCAAAACAAGUUGUCCAAUAAUAAAAGCUUAUGUGUUUUUCCACAA